AGGCGGAGGCGGCGAGGGAGGUGGGAGUGAGGGUGGGGAGAAGAGAGGAGAGGAGGAGAGAGGGGAGCUGCCCACAGCCGCGCGGAGAGCGAGCGAAGAGCAGCAGAGAGAAAAAAGAGGACCUGUGGCGUCCAGACUGGAACAGCGAGCCAUGGCGUCUGGCAGCACCGCCAGCGAGGAGGAGCGCAGCCUCCGGGAAUGCGAGCUGUACGUGCAGAAGCACAACAUCCAGGCCCUGCUCAAGGACUCCAUCGUGCAGCUGUGCACCGCGCGGCCCGAGAGGCCCAUGGCGUUCCUCAGGGAAUACUUCGAGAGGCUGGAGAAGGAGGAGGCAAAACAGAUCCAGAAUCUGCAGAAAGCAAGCUCUCGUGCAGACUCGAGGGAGGAUGAAAUCUCUCCCCCUCCACCCAACCCGGUGGUAAAGGGCCGGAGACGACGAGGUGCCAUCAGUGCCGAGGUCUACACGGAGGAAGAUGCCGCGUCCUACGUUAGGAAGGUUAUACCAAAAGAUUAUAAGACAAUGGCUGCUUUGGCCAAAGCCAUUGAAAAGAAUGUACUGUUUUCACAUCUUGAUGAUAAUGAGAGAAGUGACAUUUUUGAUGCCAUGUUUCCGGUUUCCUUUAUUGCUGGAGAGACUGUUAUUCAGCAAGGUGAUGAAGGGGAUAACUUCUAUGUGAUUGAUCAAGGAGAGAUGGAUGUCUAUGUCAACAAUGAGUGGGCAACCAGUGUUGGGGAAGGAGGGAGCUUUGGGGAACUCGCUUUGAUUUAUGGAACACCUAGAGCAGCCACUGUCAAGGCAAAGACAAAUGUGAAAUUGUGGGGUAUCGACCGAGACAGCUAUAGAAGAAUCCUUAUGGGAAGCACGCUGAGAAAGCGCAAGAUGUAUGAGGAGUUUCUUAGUAAAGUGUCUAUUUUAGAAUCUCUGGACAAGUGGGAGCGUCUCACGGUAGCUGAUGCGUUGGAACCAGUGCAGUUUGAAGACGGGCAGAAGAUUGUGGUGCAGGGGGAGCCGGGAGAUGAGUUCUUCAUUAUUUUAGAGGGUUCAGCUGCUGUGCUGCAGCGUCGUUCAGAAAAUGAAGAAUUUGUUGAAGUGGGAAGAUUGGGGCCUUCUGAUUAUUUUGGCGAAAUCGCGCUGCUGAUGAAUCGUCCUCGCGCCGCCACCGUGGUUGCCCGUGGCCCGCUGAAGUGCGUCAAGCUGGACCGCCCGAGGUUUGAACGUGUUCUUGGCCCGUGCUCGGACAUCCUCAAGCGGAACAUCCAGCAGUACAACAGUUUUGUGUCCCUGUCCGUCUGAAAGCCGUUUCCCGUGCCUCCCUUCCGCCUCUCCCUGGCCAGGCUUCCCCACGCAGACUGCUCUCUGGCCCCUCUUUGCAGCGCCACGUGGCCACUGGCAUCGCAGCUUCUUGUCUGUUUCUGUUCAAAGUUGCUCUUAUUGCACCGUUUUUAUUUUGGAGCAUUAACUGAGUGCUCAUACACAGUUAAAUAAAUAGAAAGAGUUCUGUGGAGA